AUGAAUCAAUAUUCUAUUAGUGAGAAUAGUCCUUUUAUAAUAGAUGAUGAAGAAGAGAAUGAGGAAUCUAUAUCACUCCAACCAGAAAGUUCUAGAUUGGCAGCGUUACCAAAAGAUACGUUACAUAUUGUAUCACUAGAGCAUGAUGGUGUUGGUUUAUUAAAAAUGCCUAAUGAUGGUGGUUCUUUUUUUGAAAGUUUUCUAAAUAUGGCAAACAGUAUUAUAGGAGCUGGUAAAUUUUAA